AAAGCUUCAUCAUCUAGGGAUGAAUCGCGUCGAUUUGAAAGUGGUUUUACUGGGUAACGCAGCUGUAGGAAAAACAAGUCUCGUAGAACGUUUCGUAAAUGAAAGGUUUAAUGAAAGUCUGUCUUAUCAAAACAUAUGAUGCCAUGAGUAGGAUAUAUUACCGUGGGGCAAAGGCUGCUAUUAUCUGUUAUGAUAUCACAAAAUCGAAUACAUUUCAAAGAGCAAAAUUCUGGAUAAGAGAGCUUAGAACAGUUGAAGAAGGAUGUAAAAUAUACAUUUGUGCAACGAAAAAUGAUAUUUUAAAGCACGGUGCAGUUCCAUCUCCUGAUAUAAAUGUUGUAGAAACAUAUGCUGCUGGCAUUCAAGCUAAAUUUUUUACAACAUCAAGUAAAACUGGAGAGAAUGUUGCUAAGUUGUUUAAUGAAAUUGCACAAGAUUUUAUGUCUGAUCCAAAUAAUGUACAAAAAGUCGAAGAGGUAAUUGAUAUAAGUAAUGAGUCCAAAGGAACAUAUUGUUGUCAA